AUGGCGGAAGAGGACGAACUCUACUAUCUCCAACCAGGGUUCGACCUCAACACUCUGACCAUCCCCAAAAUACGAUCGAUCCUCGUGUCGCACAAUGUCGCGUACCCUGCGUCGGCAAAGAAGGGCCAGCUGCUGGAGAUUCUAGAGCAAGACGUGGUACAGCACGCGAACAAGUUGCUCAAGGCACAAGCCAGAGUCCGGCGCACAAGCAAAGGCAUAACGGAUGUUCCUAGCAGUCAAGAAAGUACAGUCGAUGGGGAGGAUGGAGGUGGCAAACAAUUGAUGCCUCCUCCGCCAGCUCCGAAAACACCGCGAAGCAGAAAGAGCAAGUCCGAUCUGUCCGCCACAGAUUCACUGGCCGCGACACCCUCAACGUCUUUGCGCACGAAAUCUACAAGCCGACGGAGAACAACCAGGACGCCACGAGUGUCUGACACUGAACCAGAAGCGGAAAAGUCGCCUCGCAAGUCGCGAAAGAGUGCUCCAAUCCAAGCUGUACCCGACCCUUUCGUCAAGAUUGAAGAGCCUGAUAUUCGACUGAAGAGGGAAUCUUUGGAAUCGGGGACCAGUCCAUUCUCGGAUGAAAACCCCUUUCAAUCAGGGUCCAGUCCACCUUCGGCGUCUGACCGACGAAAAUCCACCUCCAGAUCACGAAAAUCCCUUCCUGUGACAAGCACGAGCAAAAGCCCAAGCAAACGCAGACAGACAACUUCACCAUCCACCACCUCGGGAGGGGCUGCGCAACCACGAACGAGGCAUUCACUUCCAACCUCAAGAACUAGUUCAAGUGAGACAGAAGACGACUUACCAGUGACCGAAGAGUUUACCCCAGAUGCCACUCGGGAGCUUGCCGAAGAAGAAAGGAAUGGCCAGGUCGUGCCAGCCAGGACUUCGACACUAGUGCGGCGAAAAAAGACACAACCACCUAGUACAGUUGCCAAAACUGCGCCUUUGGUUGUCAUCACCACGGCCCUGGCAGCUUUAGGAGCGUGGUAUCGACAAGAAAAAGUCAACGUCGGGUAUUGUGGAGUGGGCGAGCCCAAUUGGUCUCUGGCGUCUAAUCCGCACAUUCCUUCUUGGGUUCACGAAAACCUCCAGCCAGCAUGUGAACCCUGCCCGCAACAUGCGAUCUGCUAUCCCGACAUGCAAGUUCAGUGCGAGAGUGAUUUCGUUCUCAAGCCUCAUCCACUAAGCCUCAAUGGCCUAGUACCGCUGCCUCCCACCUGUGAGCCCGAUAGUGAAAAAGAGAGGAGAAUCAAGGCCGUUGCCGACCGGGCUGUCGAAGAACUCCGGGAAAGACGAGCAGCGUAUGAAUGUGGUGACCAGAUCACCAGCUCAAAACAGCCAGUCCAGUCUUCCACAGGAGCCGCCCAGACGGUGACGAAAUCCAAAGCAUCAAAGGUAGAAAUUGAGGAGCAAGAUCUGAAGAAGACCGUCUCUAGCGCAAGGAGAAAGGGAAUGAGUCCCGAUGAAUUCGAAGAUCUUUGGCGUGGUGCAUUGGGGGAUAUCUUGGGCAGAGAGGAAGUGACAGUGACUCACGAUGGGUCUGGGGGAAUCCUCCUCUCAAGCUCCUCUCUCGCCAGACUCCCUCUCGCCUGCGCAGUCCGACGAUCCGUACUCCGAACGCUUGCGCAACAUCGAGGCUCUGUUGCAAUUUUAAUGCUUCUUCUCUCCAGUGUGGCGUACGGACGCAACAAACUCAGGGCCCAUCGACAAGCUACAGCGCAAAUUCCAGGAUUGGUUGCCACCACGUUGGACCGGUUGGCGACUCAGGCAGCCCUUAAAGAAGAUGGACGGGCUCCAGAAGCAUUUAUCAGCGUCAGCCAACUCAGGGACGACGUACUGAGAAAUGUCUUCAGCGCGUCAGAGAGGGAACGGGUGUGGCAGAACGUGAGGAAGAUUGUGGAGGGAAAUUCGAACGUGAGAGCAGCCACGAGGGAGGGCGGAAAGUCUGGUGAAUGGAGUCGAGUGUGGGAAUGGAUUGGGCCCGUGGAUUUGGCACCAGGCCUGGAGGGACGAAGGUCUGGAGGAGCGAUUAUGGAUGGCCGGGCAGGGGCGGGUGGCGGUAAUGUGAAAAUCGAGAGAGCAGAGGAUCGAUCGAACCUGGAGAUCAGGAGAUGGGAUGAGGGCAGACCGAUCUAUUGA